ACAGCAUGGCCGCUGUUGAGGCGGAGAUAGUGCCGGCUCUGGUUGCGGACUCGGCCCCAGUCUCUGACCCUGCGGGAGCAGCCCAGACUAUGGUUGCGCCCUCGGUAGCCGGCGCUGCAGCCGCUGCUGUGGCGGCCGCCGCCAGGACGGGAUCCGAGGCCAAGGUUUCCAAGGCCGCGCUGGCCACCAAGCUGCUGUCGCUCAGCGGCGUGUUCGCCGUGCACAAGCCCAAAGGGCCCACCUCAGCCGAGCUGCUGAACAGGUUGAAGGAGAAGCUGCUGGCAGAAGCUGGAAUGCCUUCUUCAGAGUGGAGCAAGAGGAAAAAGCAAACUUUGAAAAUUGGACACGGAGGGACUCUGGACAGUGCAGCUCGCGGUGUUCUGGUGGUUGGAAUUGGAAGAGGAACAAAAAUGUUGACCAGUAUGUUGUCAGGGUCCAAGAGGUAUGUUGCCAUUGGAGAGCUGGGAAAAGCCACUGACACUCUAGAUUCUACCGGAAGAGUAACAGAAGAGAAGCCCUACGAUAAAAUAACGCAAGAAGAUAUUGAAGGCAUUCUACAGAAAUUUACUGGGAAUAUAAUGCAAGUACCUCCACUAUAUUCUGCAUUAAAGAAAGAUGGACAGAGACUUUCAACUUUAAUGAAGAGAGGCGAAGCAGUAGAAGCCAAACCUGCCAGGCUCGUCACUGUGUACAGCAUCUCUCUUCAGAAAUUCCAGCCACCACUUUUCACAUUAGAUGUUGAAUGUGGAGGAGGUUUUUAUAUCAGAAGCCUGGUCAAUGACAUUGGUAAAGAGCUCGCUUCCUGUGCCAGUGUCCUGGAGCUGACCCGAACCAAACAGGGGCCAUUUACACUUGAAGAACAUGCCCUUCCCGAAGACAAAUGGACGAUUGAUGACAUUGCACAGUCCCUAGAGCACUGUACAUCUCUUCUGCCAGAUGAGUUGGCACUUAAAAAAUCAAAGCCUGAUGAACCUAGUGACCAGGUUUUGAGCUGUGAAUAUAUAACUCUAAAUGAGACAAAGGGAGAAAAUGACAUAGUGGAGACCCUUUGAGACUGGCCUGGGAGCAUCAUUUCCUGUUUGGUGUUUGAGUCCCAUGUACAGAUGCAGAAUGAAUGGCAGGAGCUGUGGCAACUGUUCCUUCUGUUUGUGUGCGUGAAGAUGACCAUCGUUUGCAGUUACACAGUGUUCAGUCUGUGCGUGUGCUACACGCUGAAUGGCCUUGCACUUGUUCGGCUCUUUGUUCUAUGAAUUUUCUUUUUAAGAUGUUUUCAUGUUGUUGAACUAUGAAUUUGAUUAGAUUCAGAGAAGUUAGCUUUCUGAAUUUGAUCUUCUUUAGUCUUUUUCCUGUGAAAAAGCUAAACAAAUAUUCUAAUUAAAGAAAAAAGAAAUUUGAGCUAGUUUUGUUAGUUUCAGAAAAGUGAAUGUAAUUUAGUGUCAUUUUUGCUAUUUUUAGGCUGCCAAGUGGUUCCAUUUGAAAAUACUUCAAGUGUAUUUGAAGUAUUCAGUAUUGAGCUGUUUCAUGUGUUGGGAGAGUUUAUUCUAAAAAACAUUGCAUUGAUAAGACUGUACUCGUUGCAUUCAGUAGGGCUGUUUAUUUUAGAUCUUGGCUAUGAGUAAGUUUUUUAUAAUAAGUAUUUGUAGAUGCACUAAAUUACCGCCAUAACCACUAAGAGAAUGUAAAUAAAAGAUUAAUAUUUAAUUAAUUUCACGUCUCCCUUCAGAGCAGGCAGCAGCUCUGGUAGCUGUGCACUGUGGCAGCUAUUUCUUUGGAACUACUUUGUUCCGAAUUACUAAAUAAUGGGAUUUUUAAAAAUUGAAACUAAAGAAUAUGUCCAGUUAACUUCUCUCUUCCUGCUCUUUAGCGUUUCUUUGUAUCUCUUUAGAGAACAUUAAUCCCCAUGACACUGUUUCUGUAGUUAUUCACUCUCUUAAGUCAUAUUUAUAGACGUGGAAAGAGCCUCCUGCACUUCAGCUCAUUUCUUCUGUCUGCUCUAAAUAUUUUAAAACACCAGUUUUCAAAGGUUUCCAUUCAAAUAAGUUCAGAAAGUGCCCUAUCCCUCUUCAUUAUGAUUUUCAAAAUGUGAUUACAUUGCACAAUGGCAAAUUUCAUGUAAUGAGUGCUUUGUUCUUUUGUUGAGAGAGAGAUAGUUGUGGGUUUUUUUGAGACAAGGUAUCAUAACCCAGGAUGACCUCAGACUCACUCUGUAUCCUAGGCCAUAAACUCCUGAUCCCUCUGUUUCUGCCUCCCAAGUACUGAGAUUACAAGCAUACACCAUCUUGCCAGCAGGAAUGUAAUAUAUUAUUCAGUUAGUCUGUGAAAAGAAAAAUUGAGAUCCCUCUUCAUUUACUCAAGUUUCUUUUCAUAAAAAGCCGUAUUUAAAAUUUCACAAAGAGGUUUGAACUAUUUUUCCAAGGUUUAUUUUUAUUUCCUGUGUUUACCUUCAUGUGUGUAUGUACCAUAUGCAUGCCUGGUGCCCUUGGAGGCCAGAAGAGGGCAUUGUGGAGUUGUAGACCUGUUUGAGCUGUGAUGUGGCUACUAGGAACUGAACCCAGGCCCUCUUCAAGUGCUCGUUACCACUGAGCCAUCUCUCCAGCCUCCAAAAUAUAGGUUUUAGUUUUUUUGUGGAUUACCUUUUUUAAAGGUACUUAUCUGCAUAUAAACUCUAACUCAGUAAUUUUAAAUAAGUAGACAAUACUACUUUAAAUAAGUAGGCCCAAUGCAAACCUAUUAUAAAAAGUUAUAUGGUGGUGGGAGCUGGAGUGAUGGCUCAGUGGUUAAGAGCACUUACUGUUCUUUCAGUGGACCAGAGUUUGGUUCCCAGCACCCAUGGUAGGCAGCUCACAACCUCCUAUACUUCCAGCUCCAGGGGUUCUGA